CAAAACAGCAGGAUUGGAAACAUUUUCAGCUGAGAGAGUAAAGUUUAAGCCAAAGAGCUUUAUCAUUUUUUAAAUCACAUGAAGCUAUGUAAAUAUAUUAGAGAAAACCCUUAAAUGAUUCAAGGAAGUGUGUAAAGAGGUAGUGAGGUUUAAAGAGGAAUUGAAUGUUUUCAUUCAUUGACAUCGAUGGUCUUUUCUUAUUGUGGAUUUCAUUAAUUUUAUCCCAGUACUAUACAAGGUCACAUAUUAGGCAGGAAAAUGCUGACAAUAAAUGCUUUGAGCAAUAAAGAAAAACUCCAAAAAAGACAUAUGUCAUUCUUAGUUCCGUGACGUUUCCACAAUCCAGGGAACUUUAUUCAAGCCAGCACGUCGCCGGGUCGAAAAUAUCAAAUGGGCGAAGUAUAACACAUCCUUUAUUUGAUCUUGGAUACAUUUGCCUAGCGGUUUCUCAAAAAAAUAAUUUUUAAAAACUACCUUUUGGAUGCAUUGUAGGAAGAAUGAUCACUGCAGUUUAGCAAUGCACUCGACAUUUAAAGCACAAAGGGACGGCACAGGCUAGCCGCUUUGGAAGCUACAGAACGUAGUCAUUUUCCAAAGUAAAAUGAAAGACGGUCUGCGAAGAGAGAAAGCACCUUCCGCAGUUCUACCUUAAUUCCUCGGCCGGCCUCAAUCACCUGACACGGCGGCGCCGCCAUUUUGGCGGUGAGUGCCCGAGAAAGCGGAAGAGAGCCGGCCCGAGGGGGCAGGAAAGGAGGGCGGGAGGGAGCUCAGGAACCCUCGCCAAAUACCGCCGGGCUUCCCACCAAGAACUCCCAGACCAGAUAUGCUUGAAAAUCCCACUUGCUCUCUCGGUUAGUCGCUCGAGCUUUUACUCCCCGAGGAAAUAAACGCUUUCUUCUUGGAACAACUCGCUUACGGAGAAGGGCAUAAAAUUUGUUGACUCGAUAAGUUUUCCUCUUUUUUUAAAUCCCCCCCCCCCCCACUUCUGAAUUCAAGUGUCUUGUCAUCCCCAUUUUCUUUGCUGGGACCGAGCGGGUCCUGAAGCUUUGUGGAACACCUUCCGUGCAGUUUUGUCGCCGUAUUUGGUCAGAGUGUAGCGUCUGUACCCAAGGAGGGAUCGGAUCAUGUCGGGCCAGUCGAUCACGGACAGGAUCACCGCGGCCCAGCACAGCGUCACCGGCUCGGCCGUUACCAAGGCGGCGUGUAAGGCCAGCACACACGAGGUGAUGGGCCCGAAGAAGAAACACCUUGACUAUUUGAUCCAGUGUACCAAUGAGAUGAAUGUGAACAUACCGCAGAUGGCUGAUACUUUAUUUGAGAGGGCAACCAACAGCAGCUGGGUUGUAGUGUUUAAGGCAUUAAUCACAACACAUCACUUGAUGAUGUAUGGGAAUGAGCGGUUUAUCCAGUAUUUGGCUUCAAGAAACACAUUGUUCAACUUGAAUAACUUUUUGGAUAAAAGUGCCAUGCAAGGAUACGAUAUGUCAACUUUCAUCAGACGGUAUAGCAGAUACCUUAAUGAGAAAGCACUCUCCUACAGACUAAUGGCAUUUGACUUCACUAAAAUGAAGAGAGGGACGGAUGGAGUAAUGAGAACAAUGAAUACAGAGAAAUUGCUGAAAACACUGCCACUAAUACAGAAUCAACUUGAUGCACUGUUAGAUUUUGAUGCAAAUCCAAAUGAACUAACUAAUGGAGUAAUAAAUGCCGCCUUCAUGCUACUGUUCAAAGAUUCCAUCAGGCUUUUUGCUGCCUACAAUGAAGGGAUCAUCAACUUACUGGAGAAAUACUUCGAUAUGAAGAAAAAUCAGUGCAAGGAGGCCUUAGACAUCUAUAAAAAGUUUUUGGCUAGAAUGACAAAGCUAUCUGAAUUCCUCAAAACUGCAGAGCAAGUUGGAAUUGAUCAGGGUGACAUUCCAGAUCUAACUCAGGCUCCAAGCAGUCUCCUUGAAGCACUGGAGCAGCACCUGGCUUCUCUGGAAGGGAAAAAGACAAAAGAAUUCUCUGCAGCAAACAGAGCAACAACCCUAUCGAAUGCAGUUUCCACUCUUUCCAAUACAGGGAUGUCUUUGAGUAAAGUUGACGAGCGGGAAAAGCAAGCAGCUCUGGAAGAGGAGCAAGCUAGACUACAAGCUCUCAAGGAACAGCGGCAUAAAGAGCUACCGAUACAAUCACAGUCUGCAACUGCAUCCACCACUGUGUCUCCAAGCUCCACAUCAGGGAAAAGUAUAAAUACAACAACAGCAGUUGAUCUAUUCUCAGUUGCCACACCAGUAACAAGUACUAACAGUGCACCCAGUCUUUCUGACGAUAUCUUCAAUCUGCAGUCAGUUUUUGUACCAACAGUGCAGAGCACCCCUGAAAUAUCAAAAUCUAAUGCUUGGGGAGGUUUUGCUCCUCAACCUGUUCCUCAGAUGAUUGCUCCAACACCAAUGAAUGUGGACUUCGAUUCGGUGUUUGGAUCCAAGUUGGGUGCCAAUGAUGCCCAGAAUGCAAGCGGUUUUGGUCAACCAGGUGAAAUGUUGAUGCCAACUCUCCUUGCCAAAAAUCAGACAGCACCACCAUCAAUGAGCCAACAGAAUAACAAGCUAUUAGCAACGGACUUGGAUUCAUCCCUCGCUAACCUUGUGGGCAAUUUGAAUUUCGGAGGAACCCCAAUGAAAAAAAUGGAUCAGCAGUGGACCCAGAGUGGGGAAAAGAAAUUGACAGGAGGAACAAAUUGGCAACCAAAGACCACUACAUCAACCUCCUGGAGUGCAGCACCAAUGAACGUCCCUCCAAUGGUGGCACCCCCAAUAUCUUACCCAGUGUCAGCGCCUCAAGUGCCUAUGUAUGGAAUGGUACCUGCAAUGGGAACUGUGCCUGUGGUAGCACAACAGCCAAUGAUAUAUCCUCAAGCAGUAAUGAGGGCAACUAAUCCUUUUGCGCCAGUUAAUGGGGCUCAGUUGCAGUUUAUGUAGAGACAACAAAGAUGUAUCAACCGCAGAGUUUUCAGUAAGCACCAAACAUCUGGAUGAAGGCAGAUGAAAACAGACCAAGACUUGGGGCUUAUUCAUCAUUUUAAAAAUCUCACUGAAUUUACAUUAUCUUACUGCUUCCUAAUCUAACUUUUUAAUGGAGAAAUGCUAAAUGAAAACAGUCUGAUCUGUAUUGAAUGGUCAUUAUCUGAGUGAGCAGGCCUGAAAUGAUGUUUAUAUUUAUUGACCUGUUCAGUGUGGUUUAUUUUCUCUCUGCUGAACGUAAUUGAAACAACUCUUGAAUCUAAUCACAAGAACAUAAAAGUUACCAGUAAUAUUAACAAGUAAAUGGAAAUCUGAAGAGGAAUCAUUGGAUUCAAGCAUAUUCCUAAACAAUUCUUAGAUCCUGUCAGGGUGCUUGAAUUGGAUAUUAACCUACUACCAGAUAAGUAUUUCAAUGCACAACAUUGAAAAUUAAAGUUUCUAUUGACAGCUGUUUACUUCCCUGUUCCUUUGAUCAACUUGGGAGAAUUUCAUCCUUUUGAGACUGGGUGUAUUGUAAUACAUGAUUUUGUUUCUGUCAGGCAAGUUACUGGGGAAUAUCAUUGUGCUUUGCUGUGCAUAAAGUGAGUAUUAAUUUUACAGUAUGUGUGAAAAGAAGGUAUACAUAUACAUGUGGUGUUUAUUUUGAGCAACUGCAAAUCAUGAAAUGAACGUUUUUCAAAAGUUAUCACCAACUUUUCUUGAUAUUAAAGAUAAGACUUAGAAAUUGAGCAUUUUCAAAUUAAUGCAAACUAGGUUGAAGAAAUAUGUAGCACACAACUUCUGCUUGAUGGAUUUUGGAAAGGGUUUAAUUAGAGACUGCUUAUUCUAAAUACAUCUGAAAUUGAAUUUACCAUCAGCACCGAGAUCUGAUGGGUUAGCAUGUUCUAGCUUCAGUUGACUACGGAACAAAUUGUGGAAAUCAUCACGAUUGUACUACUUGGAACAUCUGUUGAAAAGCACUGUGUGCAUUUAGAGCAACUGUAACCAAGUUAAUUAUCAAUUUCUGAAUGUGUGUACAUUUUCUCCAAGGUCCUUGUAUCCAUAAAAUUUAAAAAAGUUUUUAGUGUUAUAACUCAAGUUAGUCAAGGAUUCUCUAGAUGAAGGUGAUACACCCCCUUGAUUAUACUAAAGGUGUUCAUGACAGGUGACUGAAAUUUAAUUUGAUUCCUGUUCUCCAGCUCCUCUCCAUCUCCUCAUUGGGUUUAUGGCAAUAUUAUACUAUUAACAAGCUCUGUUUAUAAAUGUUUCAACUUACAAAUACUGUAACUUUGAUUUUUGAGGAUACAUUGCAAACAAAAUAAAUUUUUAAAAGGACAGUUCAGCACUGGAAUUACAGAAAUGUAUGGUAAGAAUUGAUUAACCAAAAGGAAGAUAUGCAAAUAUUUUGUAUCAAGCUAUUUAAUACAAAAUGUUCAAAUUAUAGGAAGGAUGAAUAAAAAAUUACAGGUAUUAAGUGGGAUUGAGUACCAUUUAUGUGGUAUUGAUUUGCAAAUUUCCAACAGGGAUCUAUUUAAGCUCAAUUUUAUUGUACUCUUCUACUCAUUCUUAUUCAGUUCGGAUUCCUUAAGGUAAUCAAUUUCAAAAAAUCAGAGGGCAACGGUUGCCCUAAUUAUUUAGAUUAACUGUUCAAUCAGCAACCUAGAUAGAAACAGUUAUAGAUGAGCACCUAUCUAUUUUCAGCCUGAGGUAAGUUAGUCUACAUAUAAGGCUUAAUUCUCAAAGUUGAAAUAGUAACUUCCCCCUUCCUCCUCAUAUUGUAUUACUUGAUAUUUUCUAUCCUUUCUGAUGAUAUGCCUCUUAAAGUAAGUUGGAAUCUACAAUAUUUUAUAAACUUAAAAUUAUCCAACUUAAAAUUAUCCAAUUGUAAUUAGUAAGCCUUUACAAUUUCUAAAUAAGAUCCUGCUAAAGUAAGAGAAUUAUGGUAUCUCUGAACUUACAAUAGCAACUCAGUAAUAUUUGUUCACAUUUAUGUGAUUAUUUUACUUUAAAUUUAAAGACAUUUUGACAAAUCAGGAAAGGCUGUAUUCCAUUGUUGCUAUUUAAUGCCUUUUAGUGUCAAUUUUUCCACCUAAAUUUUAAUAUAUAUCUUUAAAAUUACAGAUACUGAAGUCUCUGCUAUUUAAGGGAUAAUUAAAUGUUAUUGGUGAUUUUUAUGUUGAAUUUCCCUAUUCAUUCCUUACUCCACAUUUUUUCCCCUGCUCAGAGUUGGGCUUUACAUCGUGUUUUCUUUUGGUGGAGUUAAGAGGCAAAAAAGGGAUUGGAAAAUAAUAUACAUUGGUUUUUGGCACUAAGUUUUCUCUGGAUUUUCAUCUAUGUAUACAAAAUUAAGACAGUAUAUACAAUCAGUUCUUUUAAAGCAGGUGAUAGCUAUUCUAAUGUUUAAAAUAAAAUCUAUGCUAUUUACUCAUGGAGCACUAGGUAGUUACUUCAAGAUUUGGACAAUAGCCUGAUAUGUGUAGAUUUACAUUGUGCUCUGGAAUACAAAGGGACUCAAUGUUUCUAUAACAUCUUAGCUGAUGUAGAUAUCCAGGGAAGUCUUUUUAAAAGUGUAUAAUAUUCUUGAUCAAAUAAUUUGUAUAGUUCAAGAUGGCACUCGUGUUGAGAAUGAUAUUGAAACUCAGCAGAUAUUGUUGCUUUCAGCUCUCAAAUGUAAAGAAAGAUUUUUGUUCAUAACAGUUGCCUCAUUGUGAUGUAAAUUAUCGCAUCUUUGUUUCUGUUAAUAAGAAGACUGUUGAGCUUGCUUCAUUUUUUUUUGCAUUGAAUUGCCUAUGUUAGAAGGAGAGGGGUUGUUGGUGUUGCUGGUGGAGAGGCACAGCAGAGAGAGGAAAACCAAGUAGGCAGGAAAGACCUUAUGAGUUAAGUCUGUGUUUAUCAUUUUUGAACAUUUUUCAUUUGUCAUUCUGCACAUGAUGUCAUGUUGCCAAAUAUUUGGGAAUUACUAACUUCCUGAAUGCUUAGCUCUGUUUUAGUGUGAAAUGCAUCAUAAAAUAAUCCUAGUUCGAUCUGUGGAGGCUGAUCUGGUCUGUUUUAUGAAAAUGCAUAUUCGAAGCAAUCAAUGUUAUUAUGAAUUUUAAAAAAGAAAAUACUGGAAACAUGUAGCAGAUCACUUUAGAAGUCUGUAAUUUGCCAUAUCUUCAAAAUUAGAGACUCCUGCAGGCUUCCUAUUUGCAUGCAAGGAGAGAAUUAUGAAAGACAAGCUAGUUAAGCUUGAGAACUCAGAAACUUGCAAAUUAUGCUCAGUAUUAUGUAAUCAUAGUUUGCACAAGUAAUUUAUUUUUUAAAAUGGAUUUAUAACAAGUAACUUUAAUUAUAUUCAUUUUGUGGUAAUAGCAAAUUACAUUCCACAUGCAAUAGAGCCAAGAGCCUUCCAGUGGCCAAGUAGAAGCCCUCAAUUUGUGGACAUAAAUUUACAAAACUUGUUUGAAUCCUGUUUCUUAUGUUGCCAUUGAUCAUAUACCUCCUACUUCCCUACCCUGACCUUGGCUUAUUGUACGUAAUAUUUGGAUUUUCUGAUUGCACAAAUCAGCAAAUUAUGACAAGUUACAAUAUGCAAGGGCCAGUUUUACUGGUGUACAAUAAUUUCAUUUGAUCACAGAUUUUUUAUUGUUAUCAUUAGAAUUAAGAAACCUUACAUGUUUUCUAAGGUUGAGAACUACUAUUAUUGCAAAUAAAUACAAAUGUGCCAAUGGAGCAAGAAGCCAACAGAAUAUGGUAUAAAUUUGGUUUUCUGGCUUUCUCCAAUCAGAAAUCUAAUUGACUCAGUCUUAAAAACAUAAUUAAGCUGCAAUAAUUUCUUAAAGUUUUGAUUUGCAUGGAACACCUUUCAAAGCACUUGUCUGCACAUAUUUUGCUAAAAUGUUCAUUUUAAGUUCUAAUGUCGAUGAAGCACACUGACUUGCUGCUACCCUUUUCAGUAAACCAUUGCAAAUUUAAAAGUACCAAGGAACUUCUGUACAUCCAACCAGGAAUGAUUUUUAUUGAAAUUCCAACCAUGUGCUGUUUAAAUGCUUCCCUCAUUGUGGUCUUCAAUUUUUAAAAUGUCACCACAACAAUGACUUUUAAACAAAUAAAUGCUGAAUUUCCUUCACACUAUAAACUACCUUUUCCAUCACCUUAACAGGUUUUUCCCAUGUUAAUCCAUCACUUUAAUAAAAAAAAAUCUUCCAACAUUUAUAUGUAUCACUGUGGUAAAUGUGUGAGCACUGAAAUGUGGAGGGUUAGUACCCUAGAUUUUAGUGCACUUAGAAGUGAGUAUUGAAUAAAUAAUUACGCACUGUGGAUCGGUGCUUCUUUGUAAAUAAGUGCAGGAAUUUCUUUUCUUUUUUUAAGAGUAGUUUAUGCUGUGAGGGGAACAGAAAAUAUGUGAAUUGCAACAUAUAAAAAUUACGCUGUUGUAUUGCAUUUUUGCAGAUUAUAUUUUUGAGUAAUUGAAACCUGUAUAUGUUAUCAUUUAUACAUUCAAAGUAACUAGUAAACUUAGAAAACUAGCAAGUUUCAUCAGGGUUGUAUUUGAUUCUGAAAUCAGUGUAUGGGCAAGUGCAUUACUGCAUAAUAAAGGACAUGUAUUAAACAAU